CUUGUCUCGAGCCUCUCCUCUUCGUCUUUCAUGUUGCAUACGGUGCCAGUCAUCCUCCUUUUCUAUGGUUUCGAUGCUCCUGCGCGCGACAGAACUCUGCAACUUCCCCCAAACCCUCCAACACCGACACAAUGGCUUGCUCGACAACACCUACAUUACUGUGGGCACCUGCCCGCGGCUCAACGUGCUUGGGGAAUGCUUGACACGGAAGCUAGGAAAAGAGGAAAUGUAGGAUAGAGAGGCUGUCUACGGAAGACACAGAGGAUGGUGAGGAACUGCUAUUGCCCUGGGCUGUGGCGGAUAUGUGUAGGAUUUCGACGAUAAUCUCGGGCUACUGGUGAGGGCGCUUUUGCUCACAUGCACCAACUUGAUCCCACCUCCACGACGCCUUUGUGAGCAGCCACACCACAGCCCUGGUCCAGGCUUGAUGAGCACAGCUCAUGCACGUGCAGAACUUCCAGCGGGCUUUCAAGCACAUCAAGCGCACCCUGUUCGUGUUAAAGAACGCGUUCAGCUACGCUGGUACUCUCUUCGACGCAGGCGUUGCAGCAGAUGUCUACACCCUUCGUGCAUAAUGCAACCAUGCUCUCCCUCGCGGCGUCAUCCUCUUCGCGCGUAUAGUACUACAUCAAAACUUCUGUGCCAACAUCGGGUGGCUCUACAUCUGCCUCGCUGUGUUCAACUCGGGCGUCAUUACAUGGCAAGCUUCCUCGACUCUGCACAGCCUGGCGCCGCACCCGUUUGGUCGUUCCGCUACUGCCGUUCGAUUCCCGCUUUGCAUCUGUAUAUGCUUCUAUCUGAUUAUGUAGCAUGUUCCUCGUGGUGGUUACAAUGUCACUGUACGUUUACGAGCCGUGUACUGUGGAAUUCAAG